AUGCCUACCAUUCCCGAAGACUCCGUUAUGGAGGACUUUGUCCACUGGGACAAGGCUGAACCCGCUCUAGGCUUGGCGGAUACGGCUCCCUCUUCUGGAAAAAACCUCGACUUCCAGCCUGUCCGGGAGAAUCAAGACUUCGAUCUUGCCCUGGCAAAUAUCGAUGGUGAUGAUUUCUCUUUCUGGGCCCUGGAGCAUUUCGAGACGAGUAAUCUUGCUCCAGCAAGUGCCCAGACUGGACCACUCCCCAUUGGGAAGGCGUCUAAUGUUGCUGCACUCGACCUCUGCGAAUGCCCAGACGAUCCAUGCGAUAGUUGUGAGGCGUCAGGCUUCGCCUGCAAGAGGCUAGAGGAAGGCGAGUAUAAGGGAUAUUGCACGACCUGUGUUGCUCUUAAAAAUAACUGCAGCUUCGGUCUCGCACCCUCGGUCGCCACAUCCACAGAGCCAUUUCCAUCGAACCAAUGGCCUGUUUCGGGCCAACAUGGCAGUGUCCUGCGCGAAGAUGUCAACGCACUUCGAAGCUCGUCAUCUCCAGACUUGGAAAUACUCGUCAACGGUGCUGAGUCCCUGCAAGAUAACAGCCCCAACCCUCCAGCUGUGCCCAAGAUAGGUGCAAGAUUCAGCAGAGAAUCUGUACGGAUUCUCAAGGCCUGGUUGUCCACCCACUCCACUCGGCCAUACCCAACAGACGAUGAGAGGGAGACUCUGCAACGACAGACUGGUCUCAACAAGACACAGAUCGCAAACUGGCUCGCCAACGCCCGUCGGAGGAGCAAAGGCAAAUUUCAGCCCACCAGAUCAGCGUCUCCAAGUGUGCGUGGCUUCUCUGGUGCCAUGGAGAUCCCUCGGAGAAAAGCCACGCCUUCAUCAUCAGAACAUAUGAACCCUCUGCAAAGAUGGCAGAAUUCCCCUCCCGAAAAUGAACCUGCAUCUGUGACUGCUAUCGCCUCAGCUAUCCUCAACAACUCUAAUUCUUCUGGUCUUGACAGCCCCAACAGUAUGAGCUUGAACUACAACUUCACCGACGACGACGCCGACAGAUCUUGCAAGGGAUCAUCUGCCAGCAGCUUUGGCACCUCACCUUCAUCCGCUUCCUUGAGGACGUCGGAGACGCAGAAGAAGAACUGCCCCGAAGCAAGGAGACGAGACAGUGGGCUUGAACACGCCGCUGAAGACUUUUCAGUGCACGUUCUGUACAAGAGCCACAAUUUCACAGCGUGCCAGGAGCGCCAGCUGGAUGAGCGGACAUUCUAUCGGAAAGAUCACCUCCGCCAGCACCUGAAACUUGUCCAUAAUUCCAAGUAUCUCAGCUGGUCAAUGGAUUCGUGGAAAGCCGCCACACCCGACAUCAAGUCGAGGUGUGGAUUCUGCGGUCUAAGCCUUGCAAGCUGGGGUCUUCGGGUGGACCACCUUGCUGAACAUUUCAAAACAGGCUCUGACAUGAAAGACUGGAAAGGCGACUGGGGCUUUGAGAAUUCGGUCUUGUCAAAUGUGGAAAAUGCCAUGCCGCCAUGGUUCAUCCAUCAAGAGAGACAAAGUCCUCUACCAUUCCAGGCCAGCCAGCAGUCACCAGAGUCGCCCCGGAAUGCGUACGAAUUAAUCAAGAUUGAGUUGGCGUACUACCUCCGGAAUACCCGAGACGCGAUGGGCGCCGCCCCAUCAGAUGACGAGAUGCAACAUGAGGCGUGUCGCAUCAUCUAUGCCGCAGAACCCCUCUCUCAUGGGGGCCAGGUGUCCGAAGCCAGUUGGUUCCGAGAUCUAUUGCUGUCUUCCGAUGAAAUCAAGAACAGGGCUCAAUUGAGUCGUUUACGCGGUCCCGCAGAAAAUUGCUUGGGACGACUACAGAUCAAUGGGCAAGAACGUAUCUUCGAAAAUUGCCCAAUGGAACAUCAACUCAACGAAUUCGUCAAGGCUCGAACACUACUUGGUCUGAAUACCAUGGACUACGAGCUGCAGGUGGAAGCUUGCAAUAUCGUUGGUCGAAUGGAGGAAAAAUCCAUCAUGCCGUCAGAGGAUGUCGCGAACUUCGUGCUACGCCUGAUAUACAAAGACCCAUCAUGGAUGUCUGGCUUUCGUCAGCGAGCUGGUCUGCCCACCCCUAACGAAGCCCUGGAUCCCAAGGGCCAGUCCGCCGUCAACUCUACAAUCCACAACUAUUCGCAACUGGAGAUAGAAUUAGCAGAGUUCACGAGAAACCAACGUGCCCUGGGUAGUUCACCAACGGAUGAUGAGCUCCGAAGUCACGCGCGUUGCGUUGUAUACAAGUGUAGUCAGUCCCAGAAUGAGACCGCGGCCGACAAUACAGCGUGGCUAGAUGCUUUCAAACAACGGCAUCUUCAGGCAGAAACCAGUCAGACAUCGCCAUCGAACAGCAAUUCCCCGACACAUACACUCGAACCACUCAUGCCUGGUCCGAACACCACACGAUCCAGUGCAGCAGGCCCUACCUUCUCUCCCUUUAGCGGAUCAGGCACAAAUAGCCCAGCAAACGCGCAUUGCCCCGAGUCAUCUUUGAUGUACGGCAUGAAGCGAAGCCAACUCUUCCCUAAUGGGUCUGGCAAUUACCGUCAACUUGUCCGCGAGCUCGCUCGCCACGUGGCUUCCUCCAUGUCGCCGAAUAACCCGAAUCGGCACGUCCCGACUGAUGAAGAAAUCCGUCACCAGGCCCGAUGGAUUCUUUACGACGAUGACGAUCCUUUCAAUGUUACACCCGCAGAUAGUGCCGAAUGGCUCAUCCGUUUCAAGCGAUCCACGGGUAUUCUGCCUGCCACUGACGGGCCCGGCCUCCCCAAUGACUUCAUUGGAUCCGGCCUACAAGCACGGCUGCAGGGCACUCACUCGGCCUCUGAUUCACCGAAGUCUACGAUGCUCGCGCAUACGCCGUUCAUCGGGCAAAAUGCCUCAGAGAGCCAUGGCUUCAAUACCGACUUCAACGUGUUCAGCAGUCAAACGUACGGAAAUCCGGGCCUAUCGGGCCCAAGCAAUCCGGGAGCCGUGUUCAGCAGCCAGGAUUUCGAAGACAAGCUCGUCCAGUUUGCCGUCGCCGAAGUUGCGACUUCAGGUCGCAUGCCAGCCGACGAGGCUCUCACAGCUCGGGCGAAGGAGAUUCUAGGUUUCGAGGUUUGGCAGGCGGAGGCCACACCCGCGGACGACCCUGAACUCCUGGGAAGAUUCAAGGUUCUGGUUGUUGACAAAGUGAGGACGGUCCUAGGGGACCCGGGCGACGGCAACCACAGCAACAAGCACAGUAGCCCGAUUCAACAUACAAGCACAAUCUCCAGCCCAUCCCCUACGAAUCAUCAUUCAGAACGUGGAAUGGACGCGAUAGACCCUGGGCUUCUGCCGGACCUCCCGCCAGCUGGUGCUGACAGGAAGAAGAGCAGUGUUUCGCCGCUGCCGGGAGAUGUGCAAGUUGCCAUCUCUGAAGCGAGACUUGAUGAGAUCUUGAGAGAUAUUUGA